ACAAUCGUUUUGUAAUCGUCAAUACUUGUAACUGGUAAACAUAACAAGUUAUACCAAAAGUCACGUCAAAAUCGUCACGUUUCAAAUUAUUUGAUAUAAAAGUUUUUUCCAUUUUUUCGUUUGGCUGAAAGCAAAAACAAUAGUACCUUGUUUGUUGUUCAAAGUAACUCGUUGGAUCAAUCGAUCAUCGUUGGAUCAUUUUUCAGAAUUAAAAUCAUUUGAAGAACUUCAACAAACCCAUAAGUUGUCGAGCCGUAUCAUAUUUCUGCGUAUUUGCAAAUACAAAAGCGAAAAAAACAGCGUAAAAAUGAGUUCGACUUCAAAAUCGUUCAAAGAAAAGCGUCCAUUUGCUCAACGUGUUGCCGAUGUUGAAUUAAUCAGAGAACAUCAUCCGAACAAGAUUCCAAUAAUCGUCGAGAGGUUUUAUGGCGAAAAACAACUUCCGUUACUUGAUAAAUUUAAAUUCCUUGUUCCUGAUCAUCUCACUGUUGCAGAACUCAUCAAAAUCAUUAGGCGCAGGCUGCAGUUGCAUCCAACCCAGGCAUUUUUCCUAUUAGUUAAUCAGAGGAGUAUGGCUAGCGGUAGCUUGACAAUGGCUCAACUUUAUCAGCAUGAAAAAGAUGCCGAUGGUUUCCUCUACAUUGUUUUUGCCAGCCAAGAAGUUUUCGGGUGCUAAAUGACUGCGCGGGGUCGCAAUUGGACAGUUUACUUGACUAUUAUUAACUGUCGGAAAUAAUGAAAGGAAGAUGAUUGGCAUCUGAAAACCCGAACAAACGUCCAUGUUCUCUCAUGUACUAGCUUCAUCACUCGUAAUCAGAAAUUCAUUUCACUCAUGAACGGUUUGAAGUUACCGCGCAAGUCUCGAAGGUUGUAGAUCGACAAUCAGAUUAAAAAUUGGGUAAAUAUAUUUGUAUCUGUUACCAUUUAACGAGCAAAUAUCUGAGCAAAUAAUUCGA